AAAAGAAGCUUUUUAAUUAUAUUUCUGAGGUCCAGAGUGGCAACGCCAAGGCAUAGCACAGAAUUGAAACUCCCCAAGUCCAAGGAAUUUAAACUCAUUCCUUACGCUUGCCGUCUUCUUCCUUCUUAUAUUUUUAUAUAUCAAAUUCAAAUUCAAUUUCAAAGUUAAAAGUAAUUGCUUCUCUAUUUUUUUCAACUUUUCCUUUUCUCUUUUAUAUUUCAUCAAAUCUCUCUGGGUUUUGCUCUCUCAUCUACUUCGCCUCUAUAAUAACUGUAAGCAAAGGGCAAAGGGAUUUUUUUUUUUUGAAUUUUAAUUUUCUUAUGAUUCUUUUUUUUUCUUGAUUUUUUUAAAUUGAUGUAUUUAGGAUCUAGGUUUAGCUGACCCUGCAGUUACCAUUCUGAACUUCAUUUUUUGGUUUAAGAAAAUAAUUUUGUGUUACAAUUUUCUAUAAGUUGUUUUCAUCUUAAGCUUAUCUAAGUUUAGAUUUUGGGCACUUAUGCAUCUAUAGCUGUAUUUCAACUGCUGCUAUAAUGGAAGAAUAAAUGAUCUUUACUUCAAUUAUUUGCUUUAAAUUAGGUUUGGUGAAAAUGGAAAAAGAAUUGAUGGAUAAAGUUAGUGCCUUUGGUGAACGCAUCAAGGUUGAAGGAGCUGAGUUGGGCAGAAAGAUGAGCGCUGGCAUGAGCUCAAUGAGCUUUAAGGUGAAGGAACUCUUCCAAGGCCCGAACCCAAUUGAUAAGCUUGUUGAGGAUGCUACAUCUGAGGCCCUUGACGAACCUGACUGGGCCUUGAAUCUUGAUAUUUGUGACAUGGUCAAUCAUGAAAAAGUGAACAGUGUUGAAUUGAUCCGUGGCAUAAAGCGGAGGAUAAUGUUGAAGAGCCCUCGGGUUCAAUACUUAUCCUUGGUCUUGCUUGAAACUUUUGUCAAGAAUUGUGAGAAGGCAUUCUCGGAGGUGGCAGCUGAAGGGGUUCUUGGUGAGAUGGUUAAGUUAAUUGAGGAUCCUCAAACUGUUGUCAAUAAUCGGAACAAAGCUUUAAUUCUUAUUGAAGCUUGGGGGGAGUCAACCAGCGAGCUCCGCUAUUUACCUGUUUUUGAAGAAACUUACAAGAGUUUAAAAUCAAGGGGUAUUCGCUUUCCUGGUCGUGAUAAUGAGAGUUUGGCUCCUAUUUUUACCCCUGCUCGUUCAGUUUCAGCGGCAGAAGUGGAUGCCAGUCUUGCACAGCAGCUACAGCGUGAUGUGCAGCUUCAGCAUGAUAUUCCUGUUCCAAGCUUUGCUGCUGAACAAACAAAGGAAGCAUUUGAUGUGGCAAGAAACUGCAUUGAGCUUCUUUCAACUGUGUUAUCCUCAUCACCCCAACAAGAUGCUCUUGAGGAUGACCUGACAACCACGCUUGUCCAGCAAUGUCGUCAGUCCCAGUCCACUGUUCUAAGAAUCAUCGAGACUGCUGGAGAUAACGAGGCCCUGCUUUUUGAAGCUUUGAAUGUGAAUGAUGAGAUCCAGAAAGCUCUCUCAAAGUAUGAAGAGUUGAAGAAGCCAUCAGUAGUUCGUCACGAGCCAGAACCCGCAAUGAUUCCUGUGGCUGUUGAACCUGAUGAUCCGCCCCGUCAUACAAACGAAGAUGCCUUGAUUAGGAAAACAAGUGGUACUCGACAUGGGACGCAUGGUGGAAGCAAUGAUGACAUGAUGGAUGAUCUUGAUGAAAUGAUUUUUGGUAAGAAAGGUGGGGGUUCAUCUGAAGGGGGGCAAGAUUCAAAGAAGCAGCAAGCACCUAAAGAUGAUCUAAUCACAUUCUGAUUCCAUAAUACUAGGACGGAAGGCCUAUGCGGGGCCAUUGUAGCCAUUUAUCCGAAGUUAGGAAGUAAAAACACACGACAAAAUUGUUGACUUUUUCUUUGGUAUACUAGGAUUGGAUUGGAUUGGUUGUCCCUGCAAAUUAUGUGUAAGUAAAUUCAUGUCUGGAUUUGUUUACUUCAAUAUUUGAUGAGUAGAGAGUAUACAUGGAUGGGAUGGCUCUCAUAUCCAUGACUUGAUAUCUGCUGCAUUCAAUUAACGUUAAUUCUUUUGUCAUGAGAUUAAAAUUACAGUUGUGGUAUGUAUAUUUGAAUGCAAAAACAGGGAUGGUGAUGUGAUGUGUCCAAAGUUAUGGACAUUGGAUUAAAAUUUCAAUGGAAAUUUUAGAUUAUUUGAUUUUCAUGUCAAAUAUAUUAUCAAAUAAAAA